AUGGUAUUCUCUGGAGUCUUGGUACCGGAGGUCCUUGUGGUUGCGGAACCGGUGGACCCCGGGGUGGGGGAAUUGGCACUGGGAGUCUCCGAGCGGGAAGUCUCGGGUGUAUUGGCGGCCCUUGUGGCUGCGGUGGUAAGUGUGGUGGCAGCGGUGGCGGCAAUUGUGGCGGCGGUGGCCGGACCGGUUGCCCCGGAGGUGGUGGUAUUGGGCGCUCUCCUUGUCUUGGCAUUCGUCCGGUUGUCCGUGGGGACUCCCUCCUCCAUCUGGACCAGUCAGUUGAUUCUGAGGCACAACUUCUUUUUGCUCAUUAUUAGGUCCUACCGACUGUCCCUUCGGGACCAAAGCUUGCAGAGCGGCCAGUUGUUGUCCAACAUCCUGGCCGGUCACCCCCUCUCCUCAAGGAGCACCUUCACCCACCACAAGCUGAACGCUGGAGAUGCUGACCAGUGCCAGAAGUGUCCAGAGGAUCAAUAUCCAAAUGAAAAGCAAGAUCACUGCAUUCCCCGAAGCAUCACUUUCUUAUCCUAUGGAAAACCAUUGGGAGCAGCCUUGACUUCCUUGGCCCUUUUAUCUUCCUUGGCCACCAUCAUGGUGAUGGGGCUCUUUGUUCUGCACUGGGACACUCCCAUCGUCAAGGCCAACAACAGGAGCAUCACCUGCACCCUCCUGGCCUCUCUCCUAUUCGGCUUCCUUUGUUCUUUUCUGUUCAUUGGUCAGCCUGGGAAGGUGACCUGUCUUCUGCGGCAAACUGUGUUUGGCAUCACCUUCUCCAUCUCUGUUUCAUGUGUACUGGCCAAAACCUUCACUGUGGUUCUGGUCUUCAUGGCCACCAAGCCAGGAAACAGCAUCAUGAAAUGGGCAGGGAAGAGGUUGUCAACAUCUGUUAUAAUUCUGCCUUCUCUUAUUCAAACCGGCAUCUGCACCAUUUGGAUAGCAACCUCUCCCCCCUUCCCAGAGCUGGACAUGCACUCCCAGGUCAGCCAGAUCACAGUGCAGUGCAAUGAAGGCUCAGAGACCAUGUUCUACACUGUCCUGGGCUACAUGGGCUUUCUGGCCAUUGUCAGCUUCACUGUGGCUUUCUUUGCCCGGAAGUUGCCUGACAGUUUCAAUGAAGCCAAGCUGAUCACCUUCAGCAUGCUCCUCUUCUGUAGUGUUUGGGUUUCUUUUGUCCCAUCCUAUCUGAGCACCAAAGGGAAAUCCAUGGUGGCCGUGGAGAUCUUCUCCAUCUUGGCCUCCAGUGCUGGCUUGUUGGGCUGCAUCUUCUUCCCCAAAUGCUACAUUAUGUUAAUGAGGCCUCAGCUGAACACCAGGGAACAACUUGUUAGGAAAAAAAACAGUUUUACUUAA